AUGAGCGCGGCCGACGAAGACUUUAGAACGCCCGAUGAGGGCGAGAUGGUCGGGUGGACCGAGGGUCGGGUCGAGGAGGGAGUCGAGGGCGACGAAGAGGAGGAUGAAGAGGCCCAGUCCUUCUUCGUCCGAGCUGUGUACGACUUCACGCCCGCAGACAACAGCUCGCUCUCGUUUAAGCAGGGCGACAUCAUCGAAGUCCUCACCCAGCUCGAGAGCGGAUGGUGGGACGGGCUAAUGGGGGGAAGCAUCCGCGGCUGGUUUCCCUCCAACUACGUCGAGGUUGUCUCCGAGGAAGAGGCCGACGAGUACUUUGAGCAGCUGCUCCAGCAGCAGGAGCAGGAGAAGGGCAUCCAGCAACAACAACAGCAGCAGCACGUUCAACACCAGCAGCCGCAGCACCACCAGCAGCAGCAGCAGCAUUCACAGGCUAAUGCUGGCGCUCAACCCUAUGCCGGACUGGGCCUUGUUCAGGACUUUGACGUCCUCCGGUCGCUGAUGGGCGCGCGGGAUGACGACUCGGACGCGACGUUCGAGCAGCUGGCCGAGGCGGCCAUGCGCGCAUCGGACCCCAAUACUGCCUUGUCGCCCUCAUCGUCCUCCACGGCUGCUGUGCCUCGAUCUUCGAUGGCGACGAGCACAACGACGGGCACGACAGCCAACGGCGGCCACCGCAGCAGCCGCAUCAGUGACAUGAGCUGGCGCAACGGCUCGUACGCCACCACGAGCACGAGCCCCAGCAACGUCUCGCUCACCCACACCGAUCUGAGCUCCGUCGCUCCACGGAGCACUGCGCCCUCGAUUUCUGAGGCAGAGAAGCUGGCCGGCUUCGACGCACGCCUGGCGGGCCCCUCUGAGCGGGAGAGGGAACGGCUCCGUGCCCAUUCCCUCUCGUCGGGCCACUCGCACCUGGCCGCGCCAGGCAUGUCGUCCCUGGGCAGACCAAGGGCAGCGACGCAAGCGUCGUCGCGAAGCAGGGCCUCUCGCAGAUCUGAAAACGAGAGCAGCUUCUGGGUGCCAAAAGUAAACGAGCGCGGAGAGAUCAUCUACUUCAACACCAGGACCGGUGCGCAGGCACAGGAUCUGCCGGAGGGCGCAGACCUCGCCGAAGGAUCCAUGACGCCGAGCCCCAUGGCGUCCGACGAUGAAGGUUGGCUCCACGACCCAAAGUCGUCCAGGCCACCGUUCAAGCGCCACUCGUCGACCGUUUACGUCAACGGCGGCACCAGGAGCAGGGGCGCGAGUCUGAGCAACAGUGUCGGCAGCGGUUCCACCUCGCGCCGCAACCACGUCGACAUGAUGCCGCCACCGGACAGCGUUCCCUACCCAUGGUCGAUUGAGAGGACGAGCGAGGGCGACAAGUUCCUCUACCGCAAUCUCGAGACGGGCGAGGCCAGGUUUGACCACCCAAUCAUCACCGCAGACGGCCGAAUCUCCCACGGUGUAGAUGCUCUGGAGCAGCUUGCCGAGAGCGGGUUCGCCGAAGACGACGAGGAGGACAUGCAGCCGCGGAAACCGACGGUGGCCUCGAGCGACGAUGCACCCCGCGCAAAAGCCGACGACGAAAAGGAAGCCAGUGAUCUUCAAGCGGCCCUCGAGCCUCCAUCGACUGCGACGCUCCUCGCCCUUAUCGUUGCGGCAAAUGAAUCCAUCAAUGUCCUUGCGGGUGUCGCGGCAGAAUCCAUCUCCGCAGACGGCCUCAGCAACGAGGACCGCAGGGCUCGUGCUGCUCUGCCGCCAGUCGACGAGGAUCAAGACGAUGCCCUCGUCGACAAGUCUAGGCUGGGCGCGGCCUCGGCCACCGUCGUGGCAGCCAUUCGCGACCUUCUCUACGCCACUGGCUCCUUGGGCGUGACACAGGUCGACCUCAUUGCCGUGUCGGAGCUGGCCGGUCUCGUCGAGAGCCAGUCUGGCUCAUCGACGCUGUCGUGCUUCCGAGCCGCACUCAUCGGCCUCUCCAACCGCUCGCACCAGCUCGACGUGAGCGAGCAGCCCAUCGUGGCGGCCGCUCACCAGCAGGCGGUUCAGCAGCCGCCCGCGUCGCUGGAGCAACUUGGCAAGAAGCUGAGCGCCACUCUCUCGAAGCUCGUCCUGUCGGUACGCACUGUCAUCGAGGAGUCGUCGGUCGACAAGGAGCAGAGAUCCACUCUGACACCCGCCAAGCUGGAAAAGGUCAACGUCUACCGGGGCCGGAUACGCGACGAUGCUGAUAGCCUGGCAAAGGCGACUGCAGCCUUUGGCUCAGAGGCCGAGAAGGCACGAGGCCAGGCGUCGUAUGCCUCUAGCAACGGCGGCGGCGGCGGCGGCGGUUAUGGUGGAGGUGGUGCUUCAGCGACACCGUGGAUCAAGCGGGUACAAGGCGUGUUGCGAAGCGGUCAAGGCACCGCGGGCGUCGGCCUGGAAAUCAUGGGCGGCGGCUCGGCAGCUGGCUGGAGAGGCAACGGAUUUGUGCUGCCCACGCCCACCGAGGCGGCGGCGCUGCAAGCCGAGGCCAUGGGGUCAUACCAGAACCCGUUUGAGCUGACAAAGGAUGCGCAGAACGCACUCUCGUCGGGAAAGAUUGCCCUGCGGAGAAAGCCAACGGCGACAUUCAGCCGGAUCGACGUCGAGACGCUCCUCAUGCCCCGCUUCGCCACCCUCGAAGCCCAGCUCGAAGAGUUUCGUGGCCUGGCAAAGCGGAAAUGGCAGCUGGAGUGGGACCAGGAUGCGGCGAGUCGGGUUCAGACACCCACGAUUACCUCUGCAGGUGGGGGGCCAAAGGACGACGACGGCGUCAGCAGCGACGAAGGCCACCUUCCCAAAACACCGGGAGGGUCGAGGCUGCUGUCGUCCCAGGUCAAGCUCGUCCUUCUCCGUUUUGGGGCGCUGAUGAUCUACGUCGAAGAGAUGGACCUUGCCACGGUCCUCGAUGUCGACGGUCCUGAUGCGCGGCAGCAGAAUGGCGUAGAGGUGGAAGAAUACGUGGCUUCGGUCACGCGGGCAAGGGACGCCAUCCACCACUUUUCAGCCAUCAAGCAGGGCCUCUACGACGUUUCGACACGGCUCAUGCUCGAAGCUCAGGACAUUGCCAUCCAACUCGAGAACGACGAGGACGGAUCGUCAUCAGAUGAUGGCAGCGACGUCUUGGCGACAGUGACGAACUUCUCGGUGCUGCUGAGUGUCAUGCGGCAGGUACUCGAAGAGCUCAUUGACGUGUGCGAGGAGCAAGCCCACUAUACCGGCCCAGGUGCAAGAAUCGGAGCAAGGGCAAAGAUUUACGGAACAAACGAUGUCCAAAUCAGUGCGGGCGGCCGAUCGGCAAGCGGACUGCGGCCCAAGUUGUCGGUCAGAACCUCUUCGGUCGCAGCACGAGGGGGCCCAGAUGCUGGAGCGGCAGACGAGCACAACGGAUACACAAGGGACGAGGAUGGCGAGGUCAUGUACCUGGGACCGGGUCUGGCCGUCCCGAGUGGGCCUCCGCCUCGUGCAGGUGCAGGGCAGGUCCAAACACAAGGACAUGGCCAGGAGAGUCCGGCACAGGCGGUCCCGCCUUACCCGACGAACCGCAUCGCUUCGUCGAUCCGGGGCGGCCUCGCUAGUGCAAGGGCAAGGUCCGGCUCUGUGACGACGGCGGCGUCCGCGAACUCUCGCGAGGAAGGAGAGGACAAGCUGUCGCGAAGCCAGAAGAUGAAGAAGCUCUUUGGCGACGACUCGGGCUCCGACCAUCUCUCUGCUGCUCAUCAACCGAUGCAGCAGGGGCAGAGUGGCGACGGAUCGAAUGAGAACAGCGUGCCGCCUCCCAAGCAGAUUGAAGAGGUGCCUUGGUUCCUCGAGACCGACUACCCACCCCAGGACCUGGUCUUGAACCCCAACGGCCAGGUCAAGGGAGCGACGCUGGGCGCACUCAUCGAGAGAUUGACGCUGCACAAUGCCUAUGUGGACCGAUCGUACAGCACGACGUUCCUCAUGACCUACCGAUCCUUUACGACAACGGACGAAUUCCUGGACCUGGUCAUUGCUCGAUUCAGAAUCAGGGAACCGCCAGGCCUGACGGACGAGGAGCAUCAGAUGUGGGUCAGCAAGAAGCAGACGCUGAUCCGAUUCCGAGUCUCGACCGUUCUCAAGUCCUGGCUGGAGUCGCACUUUUACAAUGGCGAAGACGAGCGACAUCUCGACCGGAUCGAGGAGUUCUUGCACCAGGAAUUGAGCCAGGCGGAAGGACUCAAGCACGCCUCGAAUCUCUUGCUUCGCCUCGUUGAGCGGCGACGAGGCAAGAAUGACCAGAUUCGCAAGAUGACGCUGUCGGUCUCUGCGCCCAGCUCUAUCGUUCCCAAGAACCUGCGAAAGAUGAAAUUCAUGGAUAUCGAUCCGCUGGAGAUGGCACGCCAGCUCACGCUGAAGGACUCGGCGCUGUACAAUGCGAUCCGGCCUGCCGAAUGCCUCGGCAAGGCGUGGAGCAAAAGCGACGGCGCUGAGCGAGCCCAGGCGAUCCGAGACGUCAUCAAGGCCAACAAUCGGCUCUCGGGCUGGACGUCGGAAUCGAUCCUGAUGCAGGAAGAUCUCAAGAAGCGCGCGGCCUACGUCAAACAGUUUGUCGCGAUUGCCGAUCGAUGCUAUGCGCUCAACAACUUCAGCAGCAUGAUGGCCAUCUACUCGGGCCUCAACAAUGCGGCUCUGAAUCGGUUGAGACGGACGUGGGAUGCUGUCAACCAGCGUCACCUUGCCCUCUUUGAAAACAUGAAGAAUAUCCUGGCGCCCACCAAGAACUUUUCAAAGUACCGCGAGACGCUUCGCAAGCUCCAGCCGCCCUGCGUGCCCUUCUUGGGCGUCUACCUGACCGACCUCACCUUUAUCGAGGACGGCAACUCGGACCGGCUAAAGACGGACGAACGAUUGAUCAACUUUAGCAAGCGGCAGAUGACGGCAGACAAGAUUAGCGAGAUUGUCAUUUUCCAGUCGACGCCGUACAACUUUCACCCAAUCGAGGGCAUCCAAAAAUUCAUCGACGACAACCUCGUCGACUCGAGGAGCGACGAGGAGCUGUUCGAACAGAGCUUGAGGCUAGAGCCGCGCGAGAGAGAGGACGAAAAGAUUGCGAGGCUACUGCAAGAGAGCGGGUUCCUCUAG